GCAGUUCAGUCGUCAAACGGCAGCAUUUAACUAAAGUCGCAAUCGCGGAGUGGGAGAAACUUAACAAAAAAAAAACCUCUGACUGAGAUCAAUUUAAUAGAGCGUAGUUAACGUAGUGUUCCAUAUUUUUGGUGAUUUAACGAAAUGUUCGGCAUUCGUCAUAUUUUGCUGCUCUUGGUGGCAUUGUGGGCUCUGCUCGCCAUCGGUCUGGCCAAGGAGUCUGAGGAGCUGGUCAAGGAGGAGGUGAUUGAGAUCGAGAACAAACCGCAAAAGGUCAUACACGUGAUUCCGCAGGAGCUGCCGGUGAGACAGGAUCGCCACAAGGAUCAAAUGAACUCGGAACUGUUUCAGAUACAGACACUGCGACCGGGCGGCAAGGUGGGACGCCAACGGCAGUAUUUGGACUCGAGACGCAUGCGUCCGGCCGCCAAGCAUGGUGAAGCAACGCUGAGCGCAUUAAAAAACUCGAACACGUUCGAACUAAAAGCCUUUCCCAAGCAGAAGCUGAAGACAAAGCAGCAGAAGCAAUUGCAGUUCUCCCCCGAAACUAAGAGCAAUCCAAGUGAUCCGGAUACGGCGCUCCCCAUACAGGUGACACCCGGCGCCUAUCCCAUCUAUUAUGUGGUGUCCAAGACGAACGGCCGUUUCGGCAAAUUCCCCAUCAAAUCCUUUCGCUCGCCCGCCGAGUUCGCCAAGUAUCUGAUCAAGAGCAAGGCGGAGCCGAUACCGCGCAACCAGCGAUUCGAGACUGCUCCAUUGGUGGUGACUCCGGUAACGACUCCGGUGGCGACUCGGGCGACGACCGAGGGGUCAGUCGUGAGACUGUUAGUAGGUAGUAGCUUGACUGCUUUGUGAUCUUGCACGCGCGCGCUCAUUGUAUGCUUAGUUAAAUUAUUAUUCACCAUAAUUAUAAUUGCUAAUUACCACAAAACUUAUACUAAUUACUACCUAACAUAUAAUGUACUCGUAAUCGUAUUCGUACUCGUACACGUACUCGUAUCUAGAUACGAUAUCUUGUAUCUUGUAACUCCCCUCAAAACGAACCCAUGUACCCCCACGUACCCCACAACAUGCUUGCCAAAAAUGAACAAAAAAAAAAACACAAAACACAGAAAUAAACGCCUCUUGAAAAUGC